UGUAUACUCUCCAGACACGGUGUGUUUACUUUCAUGUCAUCAAUUUAAUUUUGUGUGUACAUAAACAUGGAGCUGUGCAUCAUAAACGACCCGCUAAAUUACAUCGAACCGAAAGACCAUCACAAAUUUGGUGAAAUCUAUUGCAACUAUGAGGGGAAACUGACAUUCCAUUGCGUUCUGUGCCCUGCCCAAAUGAAGGAAGCCACCGAAUUCACCAUACACUACAUGGUGCACUUCAAGGAAGUGUUUGUGGUCAAAACGGAAGACGAUAAAUGCUUAUUCGAGCCGCACAUUGGAGUCGAUGAGACGGUUACAAAAUCACCGUCAGCCGACAAAACAAAAUCAGUUGACGAACCCACGGAUGUGGCGAGUUCGUUGAAGUUGGAAAAUUGCAGUGAAAUCGAUUGCGACGAUUCUACGGCCGAAGCGGAAAUGGUGGAAAAGAAACGAAAACACAAACGGGAGAGAUCGAAGAGGUACAAUCGUCCGAUACAACAAUGCCAUUUAUGCGGUAAGGACUUUGUGAGCAAAAUCUACCUGGAUCGUCACAUCGAGAAUCAUGCAUGGUUUCCGUCGAUACAUGAAUGUGAUAUUUGCGGUCGUAAGAUUAAGGAGAAAAAAGAUCUGAUGGAUCAUAUGCGGCACAUGCAUACUGGAAUCAAAUUUCCAUGCAAGAUAUGCGGUAAGGAAUUUUCCCGAUCGUCGUACGUCCAUAUGCACAUGCGAAUGCACAAUGAAAUUCGACCGUAUCAGUGUGCCGUUUGUGGUAAAACAUUCGUGAUGACCGGUGCUCUGACAUCACACAUGAGAAAACACAACAACACAAUGACCCAAUGUCCAUGUCCAACAUGUGGUAAGAUUUUCAACCGGCCAGGAGCACUGGCCGACCACGUUCGUGUCCAUACAGGAGAGAAGCCCUUCAAGUGCGACAUUUGUCAGUCAUCUUUCCGGACGCGGAAAUAUUUGAACGAGCACAAGACCAUUCAUUUGACCGAGAAAAAUCAUAGUUGCGAUCUGUGCGGAAUGAAAUUCAAGCAACAGGCCGGUGUUCGGGUGCAUAAACGGAAAGUGCACGGGAAAAAGGUGACCGUCAACAAACGAUUUAAACUGGAAGUGGAUCCGUAGAAAAACAGAGAGUGAUUGUUACGUUACGGUACGCCUCUGUUGGUUGUGGUUGCAGAGAAGGUUUAUCUCUACGAUAGCCUCUCG